GAUGUUGGCAUCAUAGUAACAUCGUAGUAGGCCGCGUGAAACAGAAACAUCCGCUGGAGUUUGACGUUCUGAGAUUAUUUUCCGCAUAUUAUCUCAACUCUGUACGUGAUGUGAUUAAGUUUUAUUUCAAGCUAAACGUUAUUAUCGAACGAUUUGAGUUCUUAAGUUUCUUCACGAUGUGACUGCAGUUCAGUCGCGCUGUUUGAGGACCACCCAGAGCUGACGAAACAUCUAUUAACAAUUGCUCCACGCCGAAGACACUCCCAGCCUUCAACCAUGAUGGCGCUCCCCAAAACCAGAUCGGAGAAGAACGGUAUCCCAGAAGCCUUUGUUUACAGAGGGGAAGAAGAAAUGAAAUCUGGCAAUGUCAAGGAACAGUUUAACAAGUUCUUUCAGGAGACCAGUUUCACUGCUCUGGUUCGAAUCUACAAUGCCACAUCAAUUGUAAAGCGCCUUGCGUGGUUGGUGGUGUUCCUGGCAAUGCUGGCCUGGCUAUCAGUUCAGUGUUACUGGCUUCUAGAGCGGUACUUUAACUAUCCCGUGGAAGUUAAGAUGGACUUGGUGGCGGCACAGGAACUAGAUUUCCCAAGCAUAACAGUGUGUAAUUUGAACCCACUCAAGAAAUCCAAACUACACGAGAUGCCCUAUAGGGACCUCGCAUCCUUCAUGCAGCUUGAAUCACAAGACAAGCUGUACACCGCAUUUAAAGACAACUACUAUGACGACUGGUACGAAGACAAACAUCGGAAGCCUGACGCGGUAAUUGGUAUGCCAAUGACGACUUGGAUGUCAAACCCGAACACAUUUGGUUUAGUGUCGUCCACGUCCUGGGGAACAAAUGGAAACGGCGUCCCGAACCCAACAACUGAAUCACCCCCAGGUGUGGCAACAAGCGCUCCUUCUGCUACAUCUGGACAAGUUACAGGGCCACUGGUGUCACAGCCGUCAACGAACUCCUCUGGCCAAGCCACAAACUCCACGUCAGACUCUAUGGGCGUAGGUCUUGAUACUACGACAAAGAGCGGAGAUCCUGCUCCUUUUGGAUCCUCCCAAACCGCAUCCUCAUCCUCUACAACACACGACAGCGGCGCCACGGACUCAACAUCAGGCAUGACAGGAGGUGUUCCACUCACCACGAUGGGAGGAGUAGGAGGAGGAGUAGGAGGAGGAGGACCUACACCGAAGAAACGUAAAAAGAGACAAGCAGCUGAUCUUACUGAUUUCUUGAAGGAAAAUAGCUUCAACAAAUGGGACAUGCUGGAACGGAGCAACGUGGCUAACGAGUUUUAUGAAGAUAAGGACAGGGAGUACAUCGCCUCAAUGGCCUAUGCUACCUUCUCUAAGACACACAAUGCGUCCACCCUGAUUGAAGGGGGCCACCCGGCUAAGAACUUCAUUAUUGACUGCAAAAUGGAAGGGUUCCCAUGCUCUCCCAAGAACUUCACCACCUUCGUCAGUCACAAAUAUGGCAACUGUUACACGUUCAAUGCUGAGGGAAACGGAAAGAAGGUCGUGUCAAGAUUUACUGGCCCCAGUCACGGUCUCUCCCUGGAGCUGUACCUGGACCAGGACGAGUACAUCGCCGCGCUCUCCCCAUCAGCUGGAGCUAGGGUCCUCAUCCACCCUCGCAAUUCCAUGCCGUUCCCCGAGGACGAGGGAAUCUCCAUAGCCCCGGGUGUGUCUACCUCAGUAGGAUUACGCAAGGUUGACAUCACCCGCCUGACCCCACCACAUGGAGUAUGUGCAGAGAUGGGCUUGGUUGAAGAUUUCUACAACACGAACCUGCACACGAACUACUCGAAGCUGUCCUGUCUGAAGUCCUGCUACCAAAACCUGGUCAUUAAGUACUGCCAUUGCGCCAUGCCAGGUUUAUACGUCCCAGCUAACAUCACUGUCUGUAACAUGACAAAUACCACUGUAGAAACCUGCAGCACUGAAUUACCGGACACGCAAAAAGCCGAGUUCCAACAGUGUGACAAGAGCUGUCCUCAGCCAUGCAGAGAGGUUCGUUUCGAGAAGACGCUGUCUGCUGCACAAUGGCCUUCUAAGCAAUAUAAGCAUCAUCUUCAGAGUAAAGUCCAGCAGAGUAACUACAAAUUCUACGGAUCGCAGGUCGAGGAGGAAGAUUUUGCAAGGGUAGAAGUCUAUUUUGAGGACCUUUUGUUCAAAGAAAUUGAACAACAGAAAGCAUACGAGUCUCAGAACCUGAUCAGUGAUAUCGGCGGUCAACUCGGACUAUGGCUUGGCCUUUCUGCCAUCACUCUCGGAGAGCUGUUCAGUUUCCUCUUCUCCAUCGGUCAGGCUGCGACUCGGAGAGUCGUCGGAAACAGCAAGAAGGGCAGCAAAACCCCCAUUGAACCUGUCAGUUACAUGUAGUGAUGGAAAACACCGGAACAGACCGAGUAGUUCCGAAAUGAAACGAAAGUUACCGAAUUCGUCUCCAAAGCCUGUGAACAUUCAAUUGAACUUCUUUUAUUAACAUCAGGACUUUCAUCUUUCAUUAGUUAAUGUUGUAAAGGGUGAUAGGUAAUUGUGUAGAUAUAGACAUGUUGAAAGUUAUAAAGGUGUCAUUUUAAUCUCUUCUAGUUAACCUUCCGCGGGAACAAAUUCAUUGUGUUCAAGAUUAAAACACACACUUGUCACCGCAAAACCGACAUUGAUAUUGGUAAUACCUUUCGUUUCAUCUCACAUUGGUGUUGCUUAGCAACUCAUUAAACAGAAUGUACAUAUUUAAAGAAGAAGUUAAUGUUAAGUGUUUUCAAAUUUAUUGAUAGUGUGAGUGUUUGAAAUUAUAUCUUGAACUGAUAGCCUAACAGUUGCCUUAAUUCUUUUCAACGCGCACUUAAACUGCUGACAUACAUGACGUCAUCGUUGAUGACGACAUCAAACUUCCACGACAGCUGUGAAAUUUUUAUCAAGCGCCAUAAUUAAUGGUAUUCUUUUCAUCCUGCUGAUUACCUUGUUUUGUCACAUUUGGGACAUUAAUAUGUUUAUCAAAAAUAAAUAUAGCAUUCUUCCCCUGAUAUAAAAAACAAGAUUUCCAUACUUCGAAUUCCAUUGCAAUAAGCUGACAGUAUAUCAACCAAUAUGAUCGCACAUUUGUUUUCCUACAGGGUGUUAUUUUUUGUGUUAUCGUCAUUAGAUAUGCCGUGUACAAAAGAAACAAUCCUCUUCGUUAACAUAUGUGUGUAUUAAGAGGAGCGUAGCCUGUGAUACCACUGUACAUAUAUAGAGCUCCAAAUAAGCCUUUAAAUCAGGAGUAUUUACAAAGAAAGUUUACGUCAAGUUAAUUUCUCGUUUUACCUUAUUCAAAUUAUCCAGCUAAAAGUUAUUUUUCAUAAUUCUUUAAAAAGUGCCAAAUGUAUAUUUAAUAUGAGAAAACAGCUUAGUCUUUGAAAAGUGACAAUCAUUGGCUUAAAUGAACUAAACAGCAUCACCAAACUGUUCAUCAUCUACUUUCAUCAUUGCUGAUUCACAACCAUGUAAACAACCACGAUAUUUCAUUAAUCAACGACCGAAGCUAUUUAUCAUAUUUGAGAACGAAUGCACUUUUGUCUUCUGGCUUAUCUGGAGCAGAGGAAACAUGUGUUUCAAUUUAUACUCUUGUGACUUAUAUAUAUUUAAUCUUUUCUCCUUUUUCAGUAUGUGAGACAACUAUUUUCGCGUAUGAUGACGGAGUGGAUAAGUCCUCAUGUUAUUACCCUCGUACCUCUCAAAUCAUGGCAAACAAUAAAGCAUCCUUCCUUAUUUGAUCAGUAUAUGUUGGUUUAGACUGAGGAGCAAAGGAAAAUACGCCGUAUGUUUCUGCAUCAGUGAAAAUUGAAAGAGCUGUUGUUAAAUACGAUAAUGUGCAUCUAACGAUCACUAAAGUUACGAAAGAUUGUAAAAAGUAACUGUGGAUGGGUACUGUUGUGUAAAAACUACAUCGGUUCAGGAAAGACCGGUGUAAGAAAUGAGUUUGCAAUCAGAUGACCCCUGCUAUAUUUGAACUGUAAUCUUUUGCCGAAGAAUGCAAAUGUUUUAUUUUCAAAGAAAUGUCUGAUGUACCCAUCAACAGUUGUUCAUUACGUUAUACCAUUUAUUUUUAGGUUUUAAAUGAAAAGGUAUUACAAAGGGCAAUUACGACUCAUGUUUAGAUAUACUACGAUAACUUUGUAACUGACAAUUUUUCGAUAAUGAUAAAGUGAACGAGAGGUUCAGUUUCAAUUGCUCCUCAGUGUAUGAUUGAUUAUAUUUCCUGCUGCCGACUCGACAGCCUCUAGAGCUUGCGACAGGCUGUAAGGUAGCCAUAUGUUAACGUGUUCGUCCACGAGCCGAAUACCACGUUUCAAUUCCAGUCAUGGAUAUGUUGGAACCUAUUCCUGGAAUCCAUCGGCGUGACAAACUGAGAGGUGCCAAAAGCGGCCUAAAACCAUUCUCACUCACUAAAGCAGUUUAGGAGGGACAUAUGUAUUUAGCAGGUAGUGUAUUAGUCGGGUUGGAUAAAUAAAAACUUCAUUUCGUCA